AUGACCCCCGCGUUGGGAAUCUCCGAUGACGACUACGAUGGGAUCGUCAGAAUGAUUGAGGGAAAAACCCUUGCCAGUGACGGCCGCGAGGUCAACAAAGAGGCUGGUAGGGGAAACCAGCGGAAGCCAAAGGAGGUCAGCAUGAACAUGGUUUUGGUACUACCGUCCGAGUUUUCGGCCCCAAGAGGCCAGACCAAUGGCCUGGAUAAUGACGUGGCCGAGGAACAGCUUGAUCAAAGGCCAAAGACAAAGGAAGAAUUAUUGGCCGUGGCUUUUAACGAGGUAAUACCCAAAGACGAGCCAAACAAAUACCGACACCUCAAACCGUUAUACAUCUCGACUCAUGUGGAGGGUGUGCCCGUGUCCAAGGUCUUCGUUGACUGUGGGGCGACGGUCAACAUCCUUCCCUAUUCCCUGAUGAAGAAGCUGGAUAAGUCAAAGGAAGACCUCAUCCCUAGCGAUGUGGUCAUGAGCAGCUUUGUCGGCGAUAAAUCUAAGACCAUCGGGGUGUUGCCGUUAAAAAUCACCGUGGCCGACCAGACGAGAGUUGCAGCCUUCUACGUGGUCGAAUCCAGCAUAGACUACAAUAUAUUGCUCGGUCGUGACUGGAUCCAUCAGUCUGGAUGCAUACCGUCCUCCCUCUUCCAACUGUUGUUCUUCUGGGAUGGCCAAAGGGUGUCCAUACACCCGGCCGACAAAAAGCCCUUUGAAACCAACAUCGUGCAAGCACGAAUUUACGACGACGACGUUGGGUGGGUUGUCCUCACCGGCCACGAUGAAAGCGGCCGGCCAACCAGGACAACGGCCUAG